AACCUAAUCAGCUCAUCGUGUUAUGUGGCUUUUGCCAGAGAUGAUGACAACAAUCAACACUUCUUCAGAGUGUAUUCUCAUGUCAAUCAAUUCCGGUUCUGAUUGAAUAAAUGAAGUCAAACCGUUCUCUCUCGUAGAAAUUCUCGCACCCCAAGUCAACGUUUUUGAUUUACCUUUGCAAUUUUCCCAAUAGCUUGACAGCUGUCGAGAAUCGGUGUUCUUUCGUAGAACAAUGGGGAAUUCGGACACCAAGCUUAAUUUUAGAAAAGCAGUGAUACAACUCACAGCAAAAACCCAACCCAUAGAUGCUGGUGACAACACUUUCUGGGACCAGUUCUGGUCUGAGAACGUGACGAACGUUCAGGACGUUUUCACGUUAGUGCCAGCGACUGAGAUACGAGCCCUGAGGGAAGAAGCACCUUCGAAUUUAGCGACGCUUUGCUACAAAGCUGUCGAAAAGCUGGUCCGUGCUGUUGACAAUUCAUGCCGUACACAGCAAGAACAACAAACAGUCUUGAACUGUGUGCGGCUGUUAACAAGAAUAUUACCAUAUAUAUUUGAGGAUCCUGAGUGGCGAGGGUUCUUCUGGACCAGCUUGCCAGAGAACGCUGGGGAAAAAGCCGGCGAAGGGACUAUGUCACUAGCACAUUCGCUGCUCAAUGCUAUUUCUGACCUUCUAUUUUGCCCUGAUUUCACUGUAGCGAGCAAAAAAGCAGGACCAGAUAAGGCUGAAGAUUUGCAGUCUAUAGACAGCUGUGAAUAUAUUUGGGAAGCAGGCGUUGGAUUUGCCCAUUCGCCUCCACACUACGCCAAUUAUAACGCAUCGAGGACUGAAUUAUUGAAAUUACUCCUCACCUGUUUUAGCGAGACGAUGUACCAACCACCAGUUGAUUUACAGGCAGCUCCGAAUAAAUGGGUCCAAUACCUCACUUCUGCUGAAAACAGGCAUGCUCUCCCUAUGUUCACGUCUUUACUCAAUACGGUCUGUGCGUAUGAUCCUGUCGGGCUAGGUCUACCAUACAACCAUCUGUUGUUCUCUGAUACUUCUGAGCCUUUAGUAGAUGCUGCUUUACAAAUCCUAAUCGUCACUUUAGAUCACGAUUCAUCACAUUCUUAUAAUACAAAUUGUCCUGACAACCUUUUUAUCAACUACCUCUCAAGAAUACACAGAGAUGAAGACUUUGGUUUUGUACUCAGGGGUUUUACAAGACUUUUAAAUAAUCCUCUUGUUCAAACAUACCUCCCAAACUCAACGAAAAAGGUCCAGUUUCAUCAAGAGCUUUUAGUAUUUUUCUGGAAGAUGUGUGAUUAUAAUAAGAAGUUUUUAUAUUAUGUUUUAAAAAGUAGUGAUGUGCUAGAAAUUCUGGUUCCCAUACUCUACCAUCUCAAUGAUUCUAGAGCAGAUCAAUCACGAGUUGGUCUGAUGCAUAUUGGAGUUUUUAUCAUACUUUUAUUGAGUGGUGAAAGAAAUUUUGGAGUACGGCUAAAUAAGCCUUACACAGCUACAAUACCUAUGGACAUUCCAGUUUUUACAGGCACUCAUGCAGAUUUAUUAAUCACAGUCUUCCAUAAAAUAAUAACAACUGGCCACCAAAGACUUCAACCUUUGUUUGACUGUCUUUUGACAAUUCUGGUCAAUGUGUCGCCCUAUUUGAAGACAUUGUCAAUGGUUGCCAGCACAAAACUCCUGCAUCUACUCGAAGCCUUUAGUACACCUUGGUUUCUUUUCUCUUCACCGUCAAAUCACCAUUUAGUUUUCUUCUUGCUUGAAAUUUUCAACAAUAUUAUCCAGUAUCAAUUCGAUGGUAAUUCUAAUCUUGUUUACACGAUAAUAAGAAAGAGACAAGUAUUCCACAGUCUUGCAAAUCUCCCUAGUGAUUAUGGUACUAUAACAAAAUCGUUAAGUAGGAGGAGUAGCCGCCGGCACAUUCCAGGCCAGAGCCAGCCUGAAAGUCCCAGCAUGGAGGGUAGCAGGCCAGCUCUGCCAGCUGAGCCUGGAACAUUGAAAGCAACACUGCCAGAUACUCCUGGGAUUGAAAAAAUGACUGGAAGAGAAUCAGCACAUGUUGCUGAGGGUGGUGGUGAGACUGAUACUAAGGCUAGUGAUCUACCUAAUUUAACUACUCUUACCAUUAACGGAAGUAAUGAAACCUCAUCGUCACCACAACAACUAGCAACUACAAGUAAAAAACCUACUGUUAGUUCUCCAGUGGGAUCAAAACCUUCAACCCAAUGGGUUGCUACUUCAGAUUGGGUAAAUUCAUGGAAAACUAAAUUACCGUUACAAACAAUAAUGAGGUUACUUCAAGUGCUUGUGCCUCAAGUUGAAAAAAUCUGUAUUGAUAAGGGCUUGACUGACGAAAGUGAAAUAUUGAAAUUUCUUCAACACGGUACUCUUGUCGGAUUGUUACCAGUGCCACAUCCCAUAUUGAUAAGAAAGUACCAGGCGAAUGCUGGUACAACUACUUGGUUUAGGACUUAUAUGUGGGGUGUCAUUUAUUUAAGAAACGUUGAUCCACCGAUUUGGUACGACACAGAUGUCAAACUCUUUGAAAUCCAGAGAGUAUAAACGAUCUAUCAAACAAUGUUGUUGAUCUCUUUUAGUUCGACCUUUAAUUUUAUUUUUUGUCUUACUUUGAGAGUAUAAUUUUAAAUUUCCAAUGCAGUGGAAAAUGAAGUUUAGGCUCUAUGUAUUUAUCACAUAAAUUGAGCCUCUUUAGGUUAAAAAAUAUGAAGAUUAUUGACGAGAACCUACUUUUGCAAAUUUAAAAAAAAAUUCCAUAACACUUAAUUAAGAAUUCACAUUCCUUUAUUAAAAACUAUUUAUUUUAUAAAUGUACAUGUUUAAACUUAUAGUUUGAUCAUAUUUUAAGCUAUUUUAAUAAUACACAUUGUUAUAAAUUUAAAAAAAUCCUUAUUUUGAAAGGAAAGAAAACAAAAUAUCAAU